AUGUCGAAGCGCACCGCCGAUGCCGAGGGCCACGGCCCGCUCAAGGGAGGCCAUCGUCCGGAUCUCAUGGACGUCGACGACAAGGACAUGGGCGAGUUCGAGGACGAGUUCGAGGACGAGUUCGAGAGCGAGGAUGAAAUCUUCGAGGCCGGCGUCGACGGCCGGCCGGACGCCGAGAGGGAAGCGGAGGAAAAGGCCGCAGCGUCCAUGGACGUCGACCAGGACACCUUCAUCGUCGGCCGCAGCAAGCUCGAGCCAGGCCAGACGCUCGCACCCGACGUGACGACGUACGAGAUGCUUCACAACCUCAGCACGCCCUGGCCGUGCCUCUCGUUCGACAUCGUCCGCGACUCCCUCGGCGACGACCGGAGCGUCUACCCGGCCACCAUGUACACCGUGGCCGGCACCCAGGCCGACUACGCCAAGGCCGCCGACAACCAGCUGCUCGUCACAAAGUUCAGCGGCCUCAGCCGCAUGGAAAAGGUCGACGAGGGCUCCGACGACGAGGACUCGGACGACGAGCAUGCCGACCCCAUCCUCGAGAGCCGGUCCAUCCCGCUGGGCACGACGACGAACCGCAUCCGCGCCCACCAGAUGCCCGGCUCCGAGGCCGGACGACCGCCGACGACGCUGACGGCGACCAUGACGGAAUCCACCGACGUCUUCAUCCACGACGUGACGCCUCACCUCGCCUCCUUCGACAACCCCGGCAGCGUCGUCACGGCGCAGCAGAACAAGCCCAUCUCGACGAUCCGCGCCCACAAGUCGGAAGGCUACGCCGUCGACUGGUCGCCCACCGUGCCCGGCGGCAAGCUGCUCACGGGCGACAACGACGGUCUCAUCUACGUCACGACGCGGACCGACGGGGGCGGCUGGGUCACCGACAACCGACCCUUCCAGGGCCACGCGGGCAGCGUCGAGGAGAUUCAGUGGUCGCCGUCGGAGCAGUCCGUCUUCGCCUCGGCCUCGAGCGACGGCACCAUCCGCAUCUGGGACGUCCGCUCCAGGUCUCGCAAGCCGGCCAUCACCGUCAAGGUGUCCAACCACGACGUCAACGUCAUGUCCUGGUCCCGCCAGACGUCGAACCUCCUCGCCUCGGGCGCCGACGACGGCGCCUGGGGCGUCUGGGACCUGCGGCAGUGGAAGACCGACGCGGACAAGCCGCAGCCGCUCGCCCACUUCAACUUCCACAAGGAGCAGAUCACGAGCCUCGAAUGGCACCCCACCGACGACUCCAUCAUGGCCGUCGCCGCCGGCGACAACACCGUCACCCUCUGGGACUUGGCCGUCGAGCUCGACGACGAGGAGAGCAAGGACACGGCCGGCGUCAAGGACGUCCCGCCCCAGCUGCUCUUCGUCCACUACCUCAAGGACGUCAAGGAACUGCACUGGCACCCGCAGAUCACCGGCAGCCUGAUGGCCACGGGCGAGGAGCUGAGCGUGUUCCGGACCAUAAGCGUCCGGCAAUUGCUCGUCAGCAACGACGGCAUGGAUUCGGAGAGGCGAGCUUUGCCACCCAAACAACGUGGCCCUCGGCUCGUCCUCGUCGCCGCGUCGACGAUGAGACUCUUGAGCACGACGAGCCUCCGAUUGGAAUUGUUUCCCGGAGAUGUCGUGCCCGAGUACACCGUUCUCUCGCACCGAUGGGAGGACGACGAAGUCACGUUUGAGCACGUCGAGUCGGGCACCGCGCGAGGCCGCCGAGGCUUCCCCAAGAUGAAGAGCAGCGCGCGGCAAGCUCAAGAGGGCGAGCACGGCACCGGGCACAUCUGGAUCGACACGUGCUGCAUCGACAAGUCGAGCAGCGCAGAGCUGUCCGAGGCCAUCAAUUCCAUGUUCCGAUGGUACCAGAGGGCGACGCGGUGUCUCGUCUACCUCUCCGACGUCGUGUCCGUGGACGAGCUGGCCGAAAGCCGAUGGUUCACAAGGGGCUGGACGCUACAGGAGCUCAUCGCCCCGAAGGAGGUUCGCUUCUUCAACAAGCACUGGGAGCACCUCGGCGACAAGAAAAGCCUCGGGCGCCGGCUGAGCUUCAUCACGGGCAUCGGCGAGGACGUGCUUCUCGGCGCCGACCUCGACGCCGUGCCGGUCUGCCGCAAGCUCUCGUGGGCGGCGAAUCGAGCGACGACGCGGCCCGAGGACAUGGCGUACUGCCUCAUGGGUCUGCUGCGCGUCAACAUGGCCCUGCUCUACGGCGAGGGCGCCGAAAGGGCCUUCAAGAGGCUGCAGGAGGAGUUUAUUCGGGAGUCGGAGGACGAGACCGUCUUUGCCUGGACGGCCGACCGGGACGAGGUGGACGGGAAGCCGUACUGGGGGAUGCUGGCCCCCUCGGCCGGCUACUUUCGCCGCUCGGCCAACUUGACCAUUCCUCGGUUCAAGGUCCCCCGUCAGGGCCAACCGACGACGGUGACGAACCGAGGCCUGAGGACGACGCUGCUCCUGCGGAGCCUCGAGACGGACGGCCCGCAGACGCUGUUCGUCGCGCCUCUCAACUGCUCGCGCUCGGACCGGGACGACGAGGGCGACGGGGAUCCUCCCGAGGCGUUUACAAUAACGCUGCAGAAGCUGUCGGACUUUGAGUCGCAGUACGCCCGGGUCCGGCCCGACAUGGUCCUCCCGAUCGGCGAUGCCGACGCAUCCGGGCACGGCGGCGAGCCGCACAUGUCGACGGUGUUUGUCCGAUCGACGCCCAGGGAGUCGGACCCCGUGGCGGGAUUCUGCGUCCACGGGCGGCGGGACGUGGCAUUCACCUUUGUCGCGGGUUCGCCUCGGGGGCCGGUCGCCGUGCAGGGGCAUGUGGUGGCGACAUUCGGCGGCGGCGGCGGCGUCGACGACGACGACGACGACGACAACGAUGACGAAGAUGACGAAGAUGACGACGCGUCGAUUCGGCCGUCCCCUCCGAUGCGGCGGUACUGCUUUCUCGACAUCCCGCCGGCCGAGGUGGACGCAAAGGUGGGAGGAUUCCACGUACGGAACCUGCGACGGAGACGCGUCGUGGGCAGCCUCGUGAUGAAGUUCACGGCGCAUCUGGACGAUCGACCGCCGCCGUCGAACCGGAUCCUGCCGACGUCGUCCUACCGGGACCCCCACCUCGUCGUCGGACUGGAGCCCGCGCCUCGCAACCAACUGGGGACGCCGUCAGGGUUCGUACGGCCGUGGUACACGUUCAGCGACGGCGGCGACCAAGAAGCGUUGGAAGGCUUUGCUUCGGGAACGACGGCGCCGAGACGGCAGCACAGGGCUCCCGGAGGCGCGAGCAUCCAAGUGGGCUUUUCGGCCGUCACGAUCCGGUCAAGGACAUACUACGAGGUCGAGCUCAUCAACGCGACAGAUCAAAGCACGACGGCGAGUCGGGCAUGA